CUUCCACACCGCCAACGAUGGGGAGUUUAGGGGUACUGUUUACACGACCACCACCAUCGCCACCCACAUCAAGAAAUAGGGUAGAGAAACACUACUCCCAAUCGGAUCAACAGACGGAUUGGAGGCCGAGUUGAUGCAGAGCGCCAUGGCUCUUCAACAAGCAAAAAGGUUACUUGCAACAAUACUAUAUGUGGCCGUCGGAAUCGUUGCCUUGAAUUAGGCAGUUGCCCUUACAUGGUCUCUUAUGUCUCAGGAGAAACGUCUUCUUCUGGAGUAUUGAUAGAGGAUGUCCUGCACUUGAAAAGGGAAGAUAAAUAUCAGGAACUUGUUGAGGCAUACGUCACUUUCGGUUGUGGAGAGGUUCAAAGCGGUUCAUUCCUUGAUGUUGCAGCUCCCAAUGGUUUAUUUGGGCUUGAAAUGGAGAAGAUAUCAGUACCUAGCAUUUUAUCCAGGGAAGGGUUUAUAGCAAAUUCUUUUUCCAUGUGUUUUGGACAAGAUGGGGUUGGAAGAAUUAGUUUUGGUGACAAGGGCAGUCUCGAUCAGCAAGAGACCCCAUUUAAUUUGAACCCAUCACAUCCAACAUACAAUAUCAAUGUUACCCAAAUUCGAGUUGGAACAACUUUAUUUGAUGCCAAUCCGGCCAUCUUUUGCUAGAGCAGUUCUUUCCAAGGAUCAAUUGAGACAAGAACUCGAAAUGGAUCCUGACUUGCCUGCUGUUUUGGUAAUGGGAGGUGGUGAAGGAAUGGGACCUGUAAAGAAGACUGCAAUGGCUCUUCGUGAAUCACUUUAUCACAAAGAAGCUGCCCAAAUCCUUAGCUUCUACUUUGUUACCUGUACCGUAUCUUUCAAUCUCAGGUAAGUUCUCGCUCUCUCUACUGCGUUCAAUUACUGAUGAAUGGAGGAAAUGUGAGAUGCAUUGGAUUUUAGUUGCUCAGCAAAUUAGUUCCAAUAUUUCAGCUUUAACGUUUCAUUGUUAUGAUGUAAACUGCGAAAUCUAGAUUCUUGCUUGACAGCUUGUUUAGCUCGGACUAUCUAUUUGUGAUUUAUUAUUGUUCUAUUUAAUUUCCUUUUAUUUUCGUAUCGAUUUCCCUGUGCAGUAAGUUGUUGAUGUUUGAAACUUCCUUUGGCUGGAGGUGGAUUCUUUUUCUUUUCUUUUUUUUUUUUUGAAAUGUUUUAAGCAUAUAGUCUUGGUGGGUUUUAGUUUUAGCUUAAAUAAUACAGCUCUUAAUUUAUUUGUUUUGGCCGAAAUUUGUUCUUCAUUUUUGGGGAUGGCUGUCAGGAUUUUUUUCUUAAGCUUUCUGUUUUGGAUUUGUUUAAUCACUUCUAUUAGUAUAUCUUUGGUAAGAACCAAGUAAAAGCUCAUCAAAAUGAAUAACACAGUAGUCAACCAGUAGCAACUACAAUAGCAACAGUAGCAAAUUAUUAGCCAAACAGUAGGAAAAUUAUAGAAGAUUGAUAUUGAAUGUAAGAGAAAACAUUACUCAAUACAUUGCAUACCUUUUCUUUUUAGAAGAUUGAUAUUUUCUCCUUUAAGACUACCCUUCCACACAAAGACCCAUAUACCCUUUUUAUUUAAUAUAUGCUAGCACACCAUACUAAUCCUAGGGCCUAACAGUCUUCUUUUUCCGUUUGUUUAGACUUAGUUUGAUCCUUGACACUUAAAUGGAAGGGAAUUAUAAUCUGGAUUACAGUUAAUUAUCAUAUGUGGCCGAAAUAAAACACUUCUAUCCAGACUUGAAUCUGAAGAAUGAAAGAUUUCAGUCAAGAUUAGAGGUUUCGAAAACCAAAUGGAGAAAUGCAUGGGAGCUUGUGAUUGCAUAAUAACAAAGGCUGGACCUGGUACAAUUGCUGAGGCCUUGAUUAGGGGGCUUCCCAUCAUCCUAAAUGACUACAUUCCAAGACAAGUAAAAAGAAAAAAAAAAAGAACUCCACACUUCUAGACACUAUUAAAAUCAACAAACUUUCAUCUAAGCUACAUCAAGAUGACGACAAUGCCACAGAGCAAUGACUUGAAAUACCAACUAAUACCUCAUAUCACAAGAGGUCAAACUAAUUGGACAGCCAAAGUAAUUGUAGUUGAAAAAACUCCUCCACGCCAAUCCAGAAACUCUGUCAAAUAUCAGAAUUUGCUUCUAAUUGAUCCACAGGGAAACCAUAUCGAAGCAACUAUUUAUCAAGCUGAUAUUCAAGCCUUGCAUCAGACAUUGCACAUGACAAAAGCAUACGCAAUUUCUAAUGCUAAUGUCAAAGAUUGCAAAUUGGAUUACAAAAAAUAUGGAGAUCUCCAAUGGGUCAUAACUGGAAAAACUAAAAUUAAAGAGCUCCAAGAAAAUUAUGAUGAUCUGUUGAUGUCUACUUACAACUUUGUGCCUCUUAGUAAUAUACAACAGUAUAUUGAUCUUCCAUCUAAAGAAAUUAAUUUGAUUGCUGCUGUCAUAGACAUUCGUCCUAAACGUCAAAUACACAAUCGUCAUGGAGAAGCUACAAUCCAAGAACUUGUUCUUGUGGAUAAUGAGUUUAACAUAGCUACACUUACAAUGUGGAAUAAUUUUGUUGACAACGAAUGUGCUGCAAUCUCAAACAUCAUUCAUAAGAAACCAAUUAUGAUUGGAACACGACUCAAAGUGGUUUGCUACAAUGGCAUGUCAAUAUCCACAAAAAACUCAAGCUGCUUUUUAAUUGAACCUCAGUUGGAAGUUGCUAAAGAUCUUCGUGCCUGGAUAACUCGAAACAACUGCAUCCUCAAUGAGAGGAUCACUCAAAAAGCAUAUCUUCUUCCUGCAACAAAUCUUUCACCUCCUUCUUCUGAUCAAAUUACUGAUAUAAGCAAGAUAAAUGACAUGUUAAACAUGCAAACAACUUUCUGGGUCAAAGCAAUUGCUAAAGUCACAAAUUAUGGCCAACCAUUUUGGUAUAUGGCAUGUCCCCUUUGUAACAGAAUUACUGGAUCUGAAUAUGGGGAAACUUUUCACUGUCUAUAUUGCAAAAACAAUGAUCUCAAAGCAGUCCCUAGAUGCAGAAUAGAUGUUGAACUUACUGAUUCAUCAGCUUGGAUUACAGCAACUGUAUUUGGGGAAAUUGCAGAAACAUUGUUCUCAUGUAAUGCAACAACCCUGAUGAAUACCAAAAUUAAGGCAAGUGAUAGCAUUCCUAACGAACUUCCCGAACUACAUGACAACAAAGAGAUACUAGCUUACAUUAAGGCAGUCAAACAGGACUCCACUGAAGGAUGGAAAUUCAACAUCACUUCGUUCCUUAAUACAACUCCACUCUCAAAUGAAGAAUUAAUCUCUAAUGCUUCAACUUCCCAUCCUAAUCCAACUCCACUUGUGAUUCUUCCUGAAAAGAAACACAAAGUCACAGCUGACGAUGAGGAGAAGAAACAUGAAACUAAUAACGAAGACGGAAACAACCACAAGGCUUCUAAUGAAGAUCAGAAGUGAAAAGUUUGGGUGUGAUAGAAUUGCUCUUUUGUUACUCUUUUGAAAAUUAUUUUGAAAGUUCCAUGAUGGAAUAUAUAUGUAAAUAGGCCACUUGUUGGAACACUAUAUCAUAGGCUUCCACUUUUGAAAGCUCCAUCACUACUGGAUGGAAUGAAUAUGUAAAUAAAUAGGCCACAACUUAGGAACACUU